CACAGCUAGCUAUUAAAGAUUUUCAUUCAGUAAUUGGCCGUACCAGCUAGAAUGAAUUAGUGGGUUAUUAAUUAUGAAGUUCUACUUGGUCUACAAAAAUCAUGGUCUCUACGACCCCAUACUCGAUGAUUCCGAAGAUAUCGACGCACCAAUUGGACCAGAUGAUUUAGACCAAGGCAUCAACGUUCAAGAACUAAGACAAGUCCAAAUAGAAACAAAAGAAUCACAAGAGAAAACAGAGACUGAUUAUUCUAUUCUAGAAUCUUCUACACCCUAUAGGCCUUUCUCGGCUGGUGGUUUAGAAGAACCUAUAAUUUUAAACCUUAAUUACAAAGAUGUCUUUCCUGAACUCAGUCUGGACGAACUACCCCCACAAACUAAAUAUAAACUACCAGUUUCCGAACAAUAUGACCCUGAAGGCAAGAGGAUCAAAGAAAAAGCAGUCUAUGAUAAAAAUAUUGUAGUCGAUUUUGAGAAAAUUAAGAAACUUGCUGAACGACAACAUAUAAAACAAACUAAAGAUGUAUCUUUCAAAAAAGAAGUAUGUGAUAAGAGUUUGUUUGAGAAGACGGAAAAAGUGGAAGUUUCUAAACAAGAAACUAAACAUUUGAAUAUUUUAGAAGAAAGCGAGUUACGUAAAAUAAAGCAAACCGCUAAACAGGUUAUAGAAGACAGCUUAAACAAAGCUGUGUCUUUGGCUAAUCAACUAAAAAGUAAAUCAGAUUACAAACUAAGCGAGUCUUCAUAUGAAGAAAAUAAGAUUUCAUCGCAAACACACAAACUUUCAAAAGAAACGUGCCAACGAUCAAAUUUAGAAAAACGAAAAUUAGUAAAAAAAGUGUCUUUUGAAGAUGACUACAUUAAAGUGCAUGAAGAAAAAAUAUCAUCAGAUGAGGCUACUAAAAGGGAAGUGCGCGUUGCGGAUGAAGUUAAGAAGUUUGAGACGUUUGAUAUACAAAUGGAUUCGAAACUAAAUGUAGAAGAGAGGAAGUUAUUGACGCAACGAGAUAUUGAAGAAGCCAUAGAGGCUGGCACAGUCCGGCAAAGGACUGGAAUGUUUAAGACAGGGACUGAUAAAAUAAUGGCAAGUAAACUUGACCAAAAGACAUUUGAAACGGUUAAAAGUGACGUCAAAACUAAUUUAGAGUUAGCCAAGCAAAGGGUUUAUAAAAUUGGAUUACAAAUUAUACCACGCAUACGUGCUACUGUGCAAUCUUCGCGUCAAAGUGCUAUGCUAUUGAAAAGAUUUCUUUUACAAAUGACUAAAGUUAUGAUUACGUUAUAUAGAUUUAUUCCAAAAGAAAAAAGAUAUAAUUUCACAAAAUCUAAAGGAAUAUAUGAAGGAAAGAAAGAAAGUCGCGAGUAUAUUCAUAAAAUAGAUUCUGCUGAUGAAGUAGUCAGAAGCAGUGUUGUUGAAGAAAUUAAAAAGCCCAAACUCUCGGGAGCUAAAAUUGCACAAAUAGAGGGCCUUAAGCCAGCAGAACUUACUGAUAGAAUGAAUAUUGUCAUUUCGGAAUUUCUGCGGAAAUCGGGGAAGGAAGAACAAUUUGAUAAAAAGGAAUCGCAUCGUAGUCAAACAUCAACUUCGAAAAGCGAAAGUGAAACACAAGAUGAGUUUUUGAAUGAUACUUCUUUUAGUGAAAGGACUUUUGAUGAGAGUCAUACAGGAGAUGAAUUUUUGUAUAGUUCUUCAUUCAGUGAAAAGACUUUUGAUAAAAGUAAGAGACGAGGUGAAUUUCCAGACAGGAAUAGGAAACUCUUUGAAGAAAUGUAUGAAACUAAAACCCGGUCAUACGAAAUGCGGGAAAUGAAAGAAGAAAAACGCUACUCUGAGUCCAAAACUUCAAAAUAUGAUUCAAAACUGCAUUCAUAUGAAACUGAAACAGCAACAAGAGACGAUGUUAGUGUACCAUUAACUUACAUUGCUAUAGUAGAAGCUCAUGUUUACACGAAUAAAAAUGCCAUUUUCGAAGAACAAAUGAGACGAAUGUCUGAAAGUAUGAAACAAACUGAACUCGCGGAAUCGGGAAUUAUCUAUUAUAGAUGUGAAGUGUCGGUCUUUUAUAGACAAUUUAGAGAACCAUCAUUACCACCUACUGUUGUCAUAGAAUCCAUUGAAGAGAUUCCAUCAGAACAAGUGUUUGAGGAAGAAAAGCAAGAACUUUUACAAACAUGUGAAACUGGUUAUGAAGACACAGCAAAGAAGCUAGCAGUUCAAAAAAUAUCAGAGAUUAUAGAGCCUUUACUCAAGAUAAAGGAAGUUAAGUCUGUAAAUAUUAAACAAGCUUAUCCUGCUAUUGAAACGCCACUCAAGUUAAUAUCUGAACAAACAACUGUCACUAUGGAAAAAGAAGAAAAUAUUUUACAGGAAUCUAAAUUAAUUGAAACAUCCCUCAUUUCAAUCGAAAAGCCAGUAAAAUCUGUGGUUGAAACUUCAGAAAUAAAAGAAGAAGAAAGAAGUGGAUUUGUUGAAAUACAGGAGAUUGAAGAGCGGAAGCCACGGCCAAUUUUAGAACCAAGCCAAGCCAUUGCUGAAACUACUGAAAUAUUUAUAGAGGAAGAAGCAGUGGGAAUGCUUGAUAUUGCUCAGCCCAUUGCACAAUUACCACAACCUGUUAAGAUUGAAAGGGCUAUUAAAUCAGUCGCUGAAACAAGUGAGGUAUUCGUCGAUGAAGCCAAUAUAGAUGUAUUGGAAGUUUCAAAAGGCAUAGGUUCAACACCUAGAUAUACAAUUGCAGAUAAUCUACGGUCAAUUGCAGAAACGAUGAUUGCAAUAAUAGAAGAACCGAAAAGUGAAAACACAGAUACGAUGAAAAUUACUGGAGAAACAGUUAAAGUUGGAGUGGAUGAAAUAAUCGCAAGUGAGGUUUUCGAGGUUUUCCCUGAAGAGCCUGUAUAUGAAGAAGUUAUACAAACUGAAAUGAAAAGGAGAGAGAGUGAAGUGUUUUUAGAAAGAUCUCUUUUAGUUUUACCUGAAAUCACUUUGACUACCGUGGAAGAGCCCAUUUGUGAAGAAUUGGUCAUAUCUAAAGCCCUAAGCAAGGAAGCCAAAGUUGAUAUAAAUGCAAAGGUUGUAGCUGAAAUAACUGAAGUGUCUCUUAAUGAAAAAGAACAGGAUACUUUUGACGUAGUGAAAAUUACUGCAAAGGAACCUGGAGCACGGAAAGAAGAGUCAGUUUUAUCGGUUGGUGAAACUCAAACUGUUUUGCCCUUUGAACCACCCACAGAAAUGUUCGAUACAAAAAAAUUAACCAAUCAGCAAGCUUCUAUAGCGAUCGAGGAGUUAAAAGCAACCGAAACUACUUUCAUACAAGUUGAGGAACCAAAAUUAGCUUUUGAAAUAAACGAACACUUAAAACAACAAGCUCGUGUUGAAGUCGAAGAAUUAAAAUCGGCAACAGUUUCGUCUGUCACUGUUGAGGAACCAAAGCAAGAAACUGUAGAAACACAUAAAGUAAAUAAUAAAGAGGCAAACACAGAUAUGGAAGCUUCUCUUUUAACUGUCGCUGAAAACACAAUAGUUUUACCGGAAGGACCACACCACGGAAACUUGGAAAUUCCACAAUUAGAAACAAAGCGACCCAAAACGUUGAUAGAAGGUGGUUUGAUUGUAGCUGAAACUAUGUUAGUAUCUCCUACUAGCCCGGAAGGGGAUUUCAACCUCAUUGAAAAAAUAAAUCAACAAGCCAAUAUUAGUAUGGAAGAAUCCAAAGCAAUAACAACAUCAUUCGUACAUUUGGAAGAACCAAAAGAAGAGAAAUUUGAUCAACUACAGUCGCUAGAAAAGCAACCACAAACUUUCCUACAAGAUUCUUUGUUACCAGUAGCUACAACAUUAGAAGUUUUACUAGAAGGGCCUAAAGAUGACGUUCUUAUAACACCUAAACCUGCACCAGUGAAAGCAGUUAUUGAUAUUGAAGAAUUCAAAACUGCAUCAGUAACUUCUGUUUCCGUUGAAGAACCUAAGAAUGAAAGCUUAGAAACUUUUUCAUAUAAAGAAAAAGAAUCCGAAUCUUUAUUAGAAAAACCUGUGUUUAAUGUAGCAGAAAAGUUUGAUAUAGUACCGGAAGGACCACUGUAUGAUAAAUUAGAAACACCAGAUAUACCUCAUGGUAAAGCAAAUAUAAUUGUUGAAGAAAUUAAACCUCUCACAGUAAGUUUUGUAACUCCCAAUGAACCGCGGGAAAAAUCAGUGGACGUUCCCCAAGUAAAAGAUAUCAAACCGCAAUUUAUCAUAGAAGACCGAUUUUUACCAGUCGUUGAAGCCACAUCAAUUGUUCCUGAUGAACCUAAAGAUAGUUUUACUGUAGUUUCAGUAACAAAUGAGCAGGCCAAUAUAAAAAUUAAAGAAUUAAAAGGCACCAGCAUAACUGUCGUAUAUUCUGAGGAACCAAAAGAAGAAGAUAUAAAAUUGCCAAUAAUUGAGGCGAAACAACAGCAACCUGUAUUAGAGGCAGUUCAUUUAACAGCUGCUGAAACAUCACUGAUAUUGCCAGAAGAAUCUAAAAUAACUUUUGACGUAGCAAAAACAACAAACCAACAAGCACACAUUGAAGUAAUAGAACAAAAAGCAGCUGAAGCUAACCUCGUGUUCCCACUAGACUCAAGAGACAAAGAUUUGAUUAUAGAAGAAAUUAUUGAGAAAACACCUAAAACCUUAGUUGAACGACCCGUUUUGACUGCCGCUGAAAAUUUUACUGUCAUAUUAGAGGAAAAAGUAGAGGAACUACCAAAAUCUAUUAAACCAACUGCUCGAAAAGCGACAAUAUAUUUGAAAGGAUUAAAAUUACCCAGUACAAUCAUACUUUGUUCAGAAGAACCAUCACCAGUAGAAACGGAACUUACAGCAUUUUCUAAAUCACUAUCUAAACAAGGUAGACUAACAUACGAAGCGCACACUGCAACCGCUAUUGCUGAGAGUACAUUUGUUAAUGUUAAUAUUGCAAAAGAAGAAAUUAUCGAUGUCAGUAAAUACACAGUUGAAUUAGCUGAAGAUCACGUGGAAAAAGAAGCUUUUUUGAAAACAAAGAAAGAAAUAACAGUUGAUAUUAAAGAUAUUGAUUGGAGCAGUGCCUCUUCUACAAUAUCAUCAGCCCCCUCUUCGCCUUUUAUUCAGGAAUAUGUAUUUGGUAUUGCUACUGGCCAUGAAUAUAGAGUUCAAUCACCGCAAGAAACAGAACUGCAUAUUGUACAACCAGCUAAAGAUUUGUACGGAGUUGAUAGUGCUAAUACAAGUUAUACAUUAUGUUUCGAAGCAGCGUACGAGGAAGAAAAAGAGAUAUUACAUAUGGAAGAAUUCAGUGACGUAGUCAAGAAGAAUCAGUUUUGGAUAUCUGAUGUUAAAACUGUGGAGACAAUUGAAUCUUCCGACGCUAGAAUACAUUUGGUGGAUAUAACUAUGGGUGCUGAAGCUCACAAAGCUAGUCAAAAGUAUGUUACUAUUCAAGAUUCUACCGUUGGAAUCAAAAGUAGAUCUCAGUCAUUUGACACAUCAGCAGAUUUUGAGCUUAGCUUGCAGUCUUUAGCACAAUCAGAAGCAAGAGAAACUCAGAUAUCAAAUGUUGAAGCAGUCGCCACCAUUGAUUUAAAAUCAGAACGAUCUUUUAAGACUGUAGAAGACGUAGAGUCACAAGCUAAAGUUAACAUAAAAUCGAAAUCAGCUAAAGCGUAUUCUGCGCAAAGUGUAGAUGUAUCUUACGGUUUGACACUAGAAAACGAAAUCGUAGUAGAUGGGCAAUCAAUGGAAUUAGACGCACAAAGUUCACUAGAAUCUAAAACUGCAUCAAAGUCAACUAAAAGGAUGGUGAAAAAAGGUACAAAAUCAAUGGCUUUGAAAACAUCAGAAACUGACAUAAAAGCAAGCUAUGAUUAUGAAGCAGGUAUGAAUGUAGAAUCAAUGAGCGUUUCUAAGGAAAGCUUUGCAGCAAUGGAGGGAGGUAUUGAAUCAAGAGUUGCUGCUAAGAAAAGCUAUGCAGCUAUGGAAGAAAGUGUUAAAUCAAGGAGUAUUGCUGAGGCAAGCUAUGCAACGAUGGAAGCAAAUCUUGAAUCAAACAAAGUUUCGGAAGCAGGCUAUUCAGCAAUGGAAGGGAAACUUGAAUUGACUGGUGUUUCUAAAGGUAGCUACGCAGAUAUGGACGCUAGUUUACAAUCAAGAAGUAUUUCUAAGGGUAGUUACGCAUCAACAGAAGCUAAUCUCGAAGCAAGCACCAUUUCAGAAGCGUAUUCAUCAAAGCAGGCAAGUCUAGAAUCUAAAACAUGCAAAUCAAUAGAAAUGGAUGCAAGACAGAAAAUGUCUAGUGAAACAACUGAAGAACGACAAAAACUAUCACUACAGACAGAUUUGAAAGGAGUUCAGGUUACAAAUGGCGUAAAAUCACCAUCUCCAGAAGACAUACCGUCUACUCCAUUAAGAGAUGUAUACAUAUUUAGAUUACGAACUCCUGCGCCAGAAGAAACUACCUUUGUGCCCCGUGAUUGCUCGUUCACACCUGAAAGUAUUCAUGAGGAUGAUUUUAUUAUAGUAAACGGAAUGGUACCUCAUAUAGAUACGAAAAUAGUUAGAGUAUUAUACAGUCCACCGUUAGAAACGCCGCCUACAUCUCCUGUGAGGAAGGUUGAACCUGUUUUUACGAAGCCAGGACUGAGAGGUGGGUCAGAGACCCCUGAGGUCUUAAAGUCAGGGUCGAAGAGUGGUUCUUGCACUCCAAAAUUUACUAAGGAGGAGAUACUCGAAAUCGGUCGAAAAUCGGCUCUCCUUGCUUCAGAAAUUGAUAAAACAAUCAGAAGCAUUGAAGAGUACAAGGAAUCGGUUGGAAUCCGUGCCAGAACCGAUAUGACUGAAACGAAAGGAGAAGAAAGACUUAACGAAAAAGAAAAAACUACAAAAAAAUCGCUUGACAAUGCAAAAUUGGAAAAAGAUGAAAACCCGAGAAAGUCUGUUGAUACUAAAAAAGCAAAAAUUUCAACUGAAAAACAUGAAGAACAAAACGCAGAUUCGAAAACAGAGUUAGAUAUUAGAAAAGAAGAAAAUGUUAAAUCUCGUAAAAGUAUGCUGUCUAGGUUUUCACAAAAAUCAGCUAUGGAGCCCAACAGCAUAGCAAAAGAACUAUUGAAAAAUGUAGAGAGUAUGGUCGAUCCGAAAGCACCAGUGGAACAACAGUUAGAACAGAUGCGAGCACAAAUGGCAGCCUUGGCAGAACUUCCAAACGUUAUAAAUCAAAAACUGGAGUCUCUCAACAAAAAAUUCAGCCAGUUCAAUAUAAAACAGGAGACCACGAAAAAGGAACAGCGAUUCAUUGAAGUCAAAAAACACAAAGAAAGGCAGCAAAUUCAUGAGUACUACCAACAACAGUUCCAGAAACACCGGGAAAAAUUCCAACCAAAACAAGACCAGCAGCAAUUCCAACAAAACCAAGACCAAAACGUAAAUCCAAAGCAUUCCGUGGAAAUAACCGAACUGGAACCCGAUGAAGAAGUGAGAAACAACAUACAGAUACGGGUGACAAAGCCUAGUCUCACUGGAGAAGAAUUGGAUGUUGAGAAGAGAGAAGAGCUGAGAAGAUCGCUAGAAGACUUGAGAAUGAGAAAGUCAGUCAGUCCGGCAAAGGAUCAAGCAUGCCAAACAACCAAAAAAGAUCUGAGAGCUGCUAGUGGAAAACCAGAACCUGCCUUCGGGCCUGGGCCUGUGGAGAGGCCUAUAUACCUCCCUGGUGGAAGAAGGUGGAAGAUGUCGGAGUACGAUGAGGACCAGAUCACGGAGACCCUGGUGGGGCAGGCGGAAGUCAUCAAGGGCAGGGCUAUGGGAGUGAAUUUCAAGAAGUUCGAGAAACCACCACCUGGUGUGGACCACCUCAAACAUUCGGAGGUGUACCGAGCUGUCCACAACCUGGAGGACGAACCGCUGAAGAAGGUGCAGAUGUUCAGACCGACGGCCUUCGCUGAGUCAGACAUACGGGAGCUGGAAGUCUUGGUGGACUUUGGUCCUAAGGCAGACACACAAGUAAUUGAAAAGACUAUCAACAGUCUUAAAGCACAAGAUGGUGUUACUCAGGCAGUAUACAAAGAUGGUGCAGUGAUGGUAGAAACCACAUUGCCAAGUGCAGUUGUACUGGAUAUGGUAGCUAAGACUUCUGGGAAGAGGGCUGUCCUGCAGGGCUUUGGAGAGAGUCAAUCAGCGGUGGCAAUGAUAUCAAGUCAGUCCUGCUGCAAGUCCCAGGUCCUUGGAGUCAUCCGGUUCCAGCAGUCCACCGCUGGACCUCUAGUGGGAGACGGUAGUGUGCAUGGACUAACACCUGGACUGCAUGGCUUGCAUGUGCGACAUACUGGCGAUUUGAGCAUGGGUUGCGAGUCACUAGGGGAACAUUAUAACCCCUACAAUUCUCCACAUGGGGGUCCAAACGACCCCGUAGACAAGCGUCAUGCGGGAGACCUCGGGAAUAUAAUCGCUGACGAAGAAGGCAGAGCUACUUUCAGAAUUGUGGAUGACUUAUUGCAAAUACAUGAAAUAGUGGGAAGGUCGAUCGCAGUAACAGAGCGAAGAGACGACCUUGGUCGGGGUUCGAGCCUGACCUCCAAAAUUGAUGGAGACUCUGGAAUGCCUGUAGCAUGCGGUAUAAUCGCAAGGUCAGCUGGAAUUUUCCAAAAUCCGAAACGCAUAUGCGCAUGCGACGGUGUGGUUGUGUGGGAUGAGAGAGACAAACCGCUCGCGGGAAAGGGACGGCGAGAGAAGCCAUGUUGUGAGAAGAAAGACGAGAAUGUUAAAAUGUGUUGUAAAGUUUAAUUAUUGUUAUUUAAAUAAAUUAUUUAAUCA